ACAUCUUCUUGCUUACAAAGCAAAACUAAUUCCCGCAAAUAUUCAACACCAUGACCGUCGCUAAACCUCAAUCCAAGGACUUGACCCAUUUGUUAUCCGAUGAGUCCAAGCUGCGUCAAAACUCACCUUUGAAGUCCGCAUUCAAGUAUUUCAACCAACCAGGUAUGACCUUUCUCGGUGGUGGAUUACCAUUGUCGGACUAUUUUCCCUUUGACAAAAUCACCGCCGAUAUUCCAACUCCUAGUUUUGAUAACGGUAUCGGGGCUCAAAUAACUGAAGAAACUAAAUCUGUCGUAGAAGUGUUCAAGAGGGUUGAUUUGAAUGAUCCUGCUGCCAAAAAUGUCCCUCUUGCCAGAUCAUUGCAAUAUGGUUACACCGAAGGUCAACCGGAAAUCAUAGAUUUCAUCAGGACCCAUACUGAUUUGAUCCACAAGGUCCCAUACGCUGAUUGGGAUGUCGUUGCCAGUGUUGGUAACACCGAAUCUUGGGAUUCUACUCUUAGAACUUUCUGUACAAGAGGUGACUCCAUUUUGGUUGAAGAAUAUUCCUUUUCUUCUGCUUUGGAAACGGCUCAUGCUUUAGGUGUCAAUACCAUCCCAGUAACCAUGGACGAGUUUGGUUUAAUCCCAAGCGCCCUUGAAGAAUUGUUGAAGAACUGGAUAGGAAAGACACCAAGGUUAUUGUACACUAUUUGUACUGGUCAAAACCCAACUGGUUCUUCAUUGAGUGCUGAAAGAAGAAAGCAAAUUUAUGAAAUUGCCUGCAAGUACGAUUUCAUAAUCAUUGAAGAUGAACCUUAUUACUUUUUGCAAAUGGAAACCUACACCAAGGAUAAGUCUUCUCGUGAAGGCAACAAGGUGCACGACCAUCAAGAGUUCAUCGACGCAUUAGUUCCAUCUUUCCUUUCUCUUGACGUUGAAGGAAGAGUGGUUAGAUUAGACUCGUUCUCUAAAGUUCUUGCCCCUGGAUUACGUUUUGGUUGGAUUGUUGGUCAAGCUCGUCUUUUGGAAAGAUAUGUUAGAUUGCAUGAAGUUUCCAUUCAAUGUCCAUCUGGGUUCACCCAAUCUCUUACCAAUGCAUUAUUACAAAAGUGGGGACAAUCAGGAUACUUGGACUGGUUGAUUGGUUUACGUGCCGAAUACACCAAAAAGAGAGAUGUUGCCAUUGACACCGUUGACGAACAUUUCCCCAAGGAUGUUUGUUCCUACAACCCACCAGUUGCUGGUAUGUUCUUCACCAUCACCAUUGACGCAUCCAAGCACCCUAAAUUUGACGAGUUCGGCCAAGAUCCAAUCAAGGUGGAAACUGCCAUUUACGAAGAAGGUAUCAAGGAGGGUGCAUUGAUGAUUCCUGGUUCCUGGUUCAAGAGUGAAGGACAAAGCUCCCCUCCUCAAAAGAACUUGCCUCAUAAUCCAGCUGGGAAGACUCAUAUCUUCUUUAGAGGUACCUAUGCUGCGGUUCCCUUGGAUCAAUUGAUUGUUGGGUUAACCAAGUUUUCCAGGGCUGUCAAGACCCAAUUCCAAAUUGACCAUUAGAGUUUAUGUUAUUAUAGAGUAGUACCGUAGUUGUAAAUUGAAAAGAAUUGUAUAUUUUAACUUAGUAUGGAAUUU